AUGGCUCCUCAGACGAAGACCAAGAAGUCCAGCCAGGACAACAUCAACUCGAAGCUGCAGCUCGUCAUGAAGUCGGGUAAGGUUUCGCUCGGUCUGAAGAGUGCUCUUAAGAACAUGCGUAGCGGCAAGGCCAAGCUUGUGCUUAUUUCGGCCAACACGCCACCUCUGCGUAAGUCCGAGAUCGAGUACUAUGCCAUGCUUUCGAAGACGGGUGUGCACCACUACCAGGGCUCGAACAUUGCUCUUGGUACGGCUGCUGGUAAGCUUUUCCGUGUUGGUGUUCUUACGGUUCUCGACGCCGGUGACAGUGACCUUCUGUCCACUAUGUCGGCUUAA